AUGGAUACAAAGUCAGCUGAUGCCUCACUAUUAAAACCCAACAAGAAGUGUAAUUUGAGAUCAUGGGUUCCUGGAUGUGAGCCCGGUUGGGCAUCCACUUUUCCUCAAGAUGCACAGUUUGACAUUAAAAACUCGAAGGAUUUUCCUGAUAGGACUCGUGAAAUUCAACCUCGUUGUGCUGGGUUUUUCUGCCCCAGAGGCCUCACUUGCAUGAUUCAUUACCCUUUAGGUUCAUAUUACCCGCGCGCGGCUCUCAGUAAAGCAACUGGCAACCAUAUGCAUAUCAAUUACCUCCUGUUAAACUUUGACGAAAUAUUUUGUUCGGCUGGAUCGUACUGCCCAACUACCACGCAAAAGACUCAAUGUCAUAAGUUAGAUUUCUUUUCGCCUAUAUUUGGCUUCGGAACACUUUCCAAAGUAAAGGGCGACACUUUCGGCUAUUAUGGAUACACGUAUACAGUAAUUGCAGUGUCACUAUUGUGUAAGAUUUCGGCCUUGAGAUCAUUUUCGCUCGACAAGUUACAGUUCGGGAGAGAGAGAGAGAGCGAAAGCGGCAUGAGCUGCUUGGCAUAUUUCCUCUCGAAAGAAACAGUCGAUCAUUUCAACACACUUAUCAAGCCACUGGACCGGAGACAGCUCGGGCGAACGGAAGUUUUAGGUCAUAUGGAGGAUGGACCAGUAACAAUUGGAUUUGAAGAUGAGACAAUGGAUGUUGAUUGUCUGCUUGAUGAGAAGAUCCCAGAGAAAGCCAUGGGCAUGGACGAUAUAUGUUGCCACUUUGGUGUCACAAAUGCUGCUGUUGCUCUGGAAAGAGAAAAUAUUCUGAGUCGUGAUGUACUUGACUCAGUUAGCAGUGAAGCCGAUGUGGGAUAUUUUCGACUGCAUAAUGAUUUCUGUAGCAUGGGGGAAGAUUAUCUUCUGGGUGUUAGAUUUUCCGAAAGUAUCACAAACCUGGAUUAUGGUCCAAGUGAAGGCUUGCUGACUUCAGUUUCAGACAGUUCAGUUCUACCAAACGAUCUAUUUACAAUUAUGGAGUUGCCUGAUUCACCAAACGAUCAACUUAACAUCGACACCUCUGAUUUCGGUGAAGUCCCAAAUUUUUGCAAUGAAUCUGAAACACCCAUUAUCGAAAAGCCUCCAAAAUCGCCUGUUUCAUCAUCUACUUCACACGAUAUUGACAAGUUCCAUAAUAUUUCAAGCAAUUCUUUAGAAAUGUUAUUGGAUGAGAAAGAUGAUGAAUUUGGGCCCACUGGCCAAAAUAUGGAGCCAAACAGAUCAGAAAUAAAAUCGAGUCGAGAAGAAUGCACUCCCCAAAAGAGAUCACGUAAGCCCACUAAGAGGUACAUCGAUGAACUUGUGGACCCAAUUCCGAAAAUUCACAAGAAAAGGCGGGAAUUUUUGUAUUCGGCUGUGAAGGAUAAUAAGAAUUGCCAUAUGGGAUCUUCUAAAGUUUUGGGCCAAUCAGCUGCUGAAGAUUCGUCUGUUGUAGCAAUUCAGGUGCCGUUUGGAUCUUUAGUGCAUAAAGAAUGUCCGAAGAGGAGCCCUUCACGUGAUAUGCAUGAGGAAAUCGGCACUUGGCAUAAACGAACGCGAAGUACAGACAGAGGGCAUUCGACUCUUAAAUCAAAAGAUAAAAAAGGAAGGGACCGUUUUAUUACAGCCGUUUAUCCUAUGAAAAUCGAUUGUAGUCCCACAUCAGCAGCAAAUGAGAAGAAAAGUGAGUUGUUUCAGGCAAAUAGUCCCAAGAAAAACAAUUGUAUGAAAACAACAAAUAAAAUUAGAAGAGAAGAAUAUGCAAAUGCAACUGAAACAAGCUCCGAGGAAGCUAGCGGCCGUCGAAAGCAUCACAGGCUAUGGACUGUUUCGGAAGUUAAAAAGUUAAUCGAUGGCGUGUCUGAAUAUGGAGUCGGGAGAUGGAGCCGGAUAAAGAAGCUCUUGUUUUCCGCAUCUGCUCAUCGAACCUCUGUGGAUCUCAAGGACAAAUGGCGGAAUCUUUUGAAAGCAAGCCAUAUGCAGCUAGGCAAUCAACAGGUAGGAGAAAAUAAACGCAACAUGGCCUGGCGACCCCUGCCCAAAUCCAUACUGCGCCGUGUCUGUGAGCUUGCAAACAUGUAUCCUUAUCCCAAGUGCCGAACCAAACACAAGAUUACCCGUGACUCGCCCGACAGGAACACAGAUCUCACAUUAACCAACUACAGAAGAAUCUUGCAGAGUAUUAAUGGAAACUGA